UCUCACUUUGUCCUGUUAUUUGGUUUGUUAGUGCAGACUGAUAAAUUGGAUUUUAAGUUGAGCAGAACUCUGCAGACGGGAGAAACGCAAGGAGGCUGCCACAAGUUCGAAAUUUCUAGAAGAGUAACUUCAACGUCGAAGAAACCAGGUGACUCCUUUCAAUUUCAUGGCGAUCCUCGUAUAUUGUGUUACUUCCAAAGCCUUGGCGCCGCACACUCCAGAGGUUUUUCGGCAACAACGGAGCACUGGUAUAUCUGCAUCAGCUCGUCCCCGGCGAAUCCCUAUCGGCUUAACCACGAAGUCUUGGGGCAUCAACUCGCCGAUAAGAAGAGCAACACAAAUCCCAGCGGUCGGUGGAGACCCCGGAGAACUGCUACGAGCCUAUCUCCCAAUACCCGACUUUUCUUCAUGGGUCACGUGGCUUGUUGGUGCCUUCUUUCUUGCAGCACCUGCUUACUGGCGAUUCAGAGCACUGGAAGAUAAGGCGGAGCAAACAGCAGAGGCAACAAUCGAGAUGGUCGAGAAGGUUGCGGAGGCGGCGGAGAGAAUCGCCGACGACGUCUCUGAAGCGUUUCCCGGUAAUGAAAGACUCAAGAAGGCAGCAUCCAGUGUCAAAGCCGUGGCAGAUGAGAUCGAGAAGGAUGUGGACAAAGCCGAGGACAUACUCCAUAAGAUAGAUGAGAUAGAGGAAGAGGUGGAUUCCGUAGUGGAGUCUUUUACGAAGAAAGGAUCGGGAAAGAAUAAGUAGCGGAUGUAUAUGUACACUCUAAAGAGAUGUGUUUGUAACUCAUCCACUAUAUCGGAGAAGGCUAGAUGAAAUUACUUUGAACUGUAUUGGCACAUGGGAGUUUUAGUGAACCAGUUCGAUACUACCAUCACAAACCGAAUAGCCCACACAUUUCCAGAUUCAAAUUUGAUAUUCG